AUGCCUUCUUUUACUGAAAAAGAUAUGAGCGCCGCACUUCAGAUGGUUGCAGACGGUAUGUCAGUAAACAAAGCAGCCGAAGCUUGUGGCAUCAACCGUUCCACGCUCCAAGGUCGGAUUAAAGGAAGCGCAACACCAAGAGAAGCCCAAAAACCUCGCCAAAAGCUCUCUGAUACUCAGGAAAAGAGUCUUCGAGACUGGAUUGUUAUCCAAGCUGAUCUAGGAUGCCCUGUAUCGCAUCAGCAAGUCAGAGAGUUCGCCAGCAAGAUCGCCGUCCGCAACGGCUUCCCAGAAGGCGUCGGAAAGAACUGGUUACAGGGCUUUUUGGGACGAAAUCCUGAUAUCAGGACAUUAAAAGGCAAGAAAAUUGACUCUGACCGAUAUCACGGAGCUUCUUCUGAACUGAUAAAGGCAUUCUUUAUGCUCCUCAUGAUGCCGGCGAUACGCCUAGUCAAGCAGGGGAACAGAUACAACGUCGACGAAGUUGGAAUGAUGGAAGGAAUAGGAAUGAACGGUCUAUUCCUUGGUCAUCAGUCGAAGAAGUCAGUACUUAUUCGUCAGCCUGGUUCUCGUGCCUGGAUUACAAUUCUCGAGUGUAUCUCAGCAACCGGGAAGGUCCUGAGACCUACAGUCAUUUUCAAGGGGAAAACAGUCCAACAACAACAUUUCCCUGAGAAUUUGGACUUCCUGGAAGACUGGGAAUUCGCAUGUAGUGAUAAGGGCUGGACGAGCAACAAAUUGGCGUUGGUUUGGUUAAGAAAAGUCUUUAUUCCAUCGACGCAGCCCGAGAAGAAGAAUGAACCCCGACUUCUUAUUCUUGACGGCCACGGAAGUCAUGUUACAGAAGAUUUCCUCUGGGAAUGUUACAAUAACAACAUAUAUCUGUUAUUUCUUCCUGCUCAUGCUUCCCAUGUCCUUCAGCCACUGGAUGUUGCAGUUUUUGGUCCUCUGAAGAGGGCAUAUCGUCAUCUUCUUUUAGAUCUUACUUCUGUCUCUGACGACAGUCAUGUCGGCAAGAUUACAUUUCUAUACACUUACGACAAGGCUCGGAGAGAAGCUAUCACGAAGUCUAACGCAAUUGCCGGCUUCAAAGCCACUGGACUGUGGCCUGUGAACCUGGCGAAGGUCCUGAUGAACCCGAUGGUCACAGAGACACCUUCUCCCGCUGUCACAGCAAAUUCGCCGGCAAAAGAGCAGGAUUUGAGUCUCCUGAAGACUCCCCGUUCGUCUGUACAGCUUCGGCAAGCUCUGGGCCAAGUCCCAGCUUCUGCAACGCAAGAUCCGACCGUCAGGCUGCUUUUCAGGAAGAUUGGCAGUCAAUUGGACCGUCAUAACUUCGACAUUGAGCGACAGAAUAGAGAAAUAAGUGUUCUACAGCGAGAAAAUGAAGAAAAUCGACCAAAACGGCGUAAAAAAGUUGUCUAUAACCCAAAUGCGGAGUUCGCAAAGAUUCCAGCAAUAAAGAAAGCUCGUGAACAGAUGUGGAAAACUUUACAACCAGAAAGAACAGCAAACAAGGUUAAGAAAUUAAAACUUGAGGAUCUUUGUACUAAUUUCCAUAUAAAUAUUCACUGA